GACAUGGUUCUGGGAAAGCCAGACCAGAUCAGACAAGGAGAGGAGGAAGGUGGCCUUUGAGCUCCAUGUGCCUUCAUGGCUGCCAACGAUGCAGGGGCUCCUUGCUGCUCAGACCCAGAUGCAAAACAUAAAUAGGCAACAGAGUCCAAGUCCAAGUCACAGUGGAAGCCAAAGCCAAAGCCAGAGCCCCAGUCCCAUUGUCAGUCCCAGCCCUUGUCCACCCAGGACUCCUAAAGGGACAGCAUACACCAGGGACCAUCACUCCUCAUCCCAUGCCCAACCCCACACUCACUCCCACCAUUUGCAUAACACCAACCAUCAUCCCUCCAACACUUGUCCUACAAGAAGGAAGGCAACAGGGCUAGCAAAAAGAAAGGCCAAGAAAGGUCGGUCACCAUAUGGAAGGGAAAAACGAGCAGAUAGAAGAGCUCCAGUCCUGAAGAGAAAGAUCCCAGUCCUCUGGAGCAGGGGAAGCAGCCUCCACAGAGACAGAGACAGGCUCUGGAGCAGCCACACAGUCGUUAGCCUGGAGAGCAGCAGAGACAGCUCCAGGGAGACACCCAAGGAUGAGACACCUUACUGGGUAGGAGAACAGAGAUUCCUGGGAAGGAGAGAGGCAGUGACACCUGAUGAGCAGUGCAGACCAAUGGAGAGGCCCUCAAAAGCCUCACAGAGUAGGGGCAGCACCUGGAAGGGGCUCCUGAUCAUCACAGCCACCAUCCUCAGCUGCUGGAUCCAGCCAACGUCUGCUCAAGAUAUCACAGUUGAAGUAGAGCCACCCCUUGGGACACAAGGCUUAAGCGUCACCUUUCGUAUCGUGGGGUACUCGGGGACUCCUGUUAUGUAUAAUUGGUACUAUAAGACAUCAGCUCAGCAACCCAGCAGGAAACAUAUCGUGACAUACAGUACUUAUAAUAGAAGACAGUUACAGACCAAAAUUCGGCAGAGGGUAUACCAUAAUGGCACCAUGUUUUUCCCCAACCUCCUCGUCAGUGACUCUGGUUACUAUGAAGUACAGAUCAUCAAAGAUAGGUUCACUCUGGACAGACCUGAAGCAGGAGCCCCACUGAAGGUGUAUGUGGCAUUAUCCAAACCUACCAUUGUCACCUCCAACAAUACUGCAGUGGAGACCAAGGACAUCUCAUUGACCUGCCAGGCUACGGGUGACAUUCACUCAACAAAGUGGUACAUAAACCAACGUGCCCCAUCUGGUAGCAGGAUACAGCUGACCCCAGAUAAGAGGACACUCACUAUCCGCAAUCUCACAAGAACGGAAAACAAAGGACCCUAUGUGUGUGAAAUGAAGAACCCAGUUAGUUCCGGUAGGAGUGAUCCAUUCACACUGAAUGUUGCCUAUGGUCCAGAUAGCGCCAAAAUUCUCCCUGCAGCCGAUCGUUACAAUGUAGGGGAUCGUAUUCAGUUGACCUGUUCUGCUCAAUCAUCUAACCCACCAGUCCAAUUCACUUGGUUACAGAAUGGACAACCGGUCAGCAACUCAGCCAAAUUCUCUGCUACUGCGGCCCUAAAUCAUGCUGGAAACUAUACCUGUGUUGCAUACAACUCAUUGACUGGCAUAACGCGCACCAAAAGCAUGAAUAUUAUAAUCUACGGGCCUCUGUCAAAACCUACUAUUCUCACCUCCAACAAUACUGCAGUGGAGACCAAGGACUUCUCAUUCACAUGCCAGCCUACGGGUGCAAUUGUUACAACCAGGUGGUUCAUAAACGGAGUUGCCCCAGCUGGUGGCAGGAUACAGCUGUCCCCGGAUAAGAGGACACUCACUAUCCGCAGGCUCACAAGAAGGGAAAACAAAGGGCCCUAUGUGUGUGAAACGGAAAACCCAGUGAGUCUCAGUAGGAGUGAUCCAUUCACACUGAAUGUUGCCUAUGGCCCAGAUGAGGCCACGAUUGUCUCUAUAGACAAUCAGUACCCUCUAGGGGCAAAUAUUACCUUGAGCUGUUCUGCUGCAUCUAACCCACCAGCCCGAUUCACUUGGUUACAGAAUGGACAGUCAGCAACUCAGCCACAUUUUCUAUUACUGCAUCCCAGAGUCACACUGGAAACUACACCUGUAAUGCAGUCAACUCAUUUACUGGCUUGACGCGCACUAAAACCCAGAAUCUUACAGUCUAUGUCUCAGUUUCUUCAUCUGGAAAAGUGGAUAACCUUUUGCUCUGCAUAUAAUAGGAUUCUAUGUGGAGAAAUUCCUUUUUACAUGGUAGGUACAAUAAGCAUUUGCAUUGUCAUCACCAUUGUUGUUGAUAUUGGAUUAUUCUCUCCUGUCCCAGAGACAUACAACCUUCUUUGUCUCCCAACUUCUAGGACUGCAGCUUCAAUGACUGCUCCGCAUUCCUUCCUGCGGUCUUUUCUUCAGUCCAUUUCAUUUGGUUCUAUGGCCCCACAGGUUGUUUCUAGUUUUGGUUGGAGUAUAAAUUAUGGCCAUGCACUGGGACUGGCCUUGAUCCUUUUUGGCAGGGAAAUUGUGGAGAUGGAAUGGAGAAUUUAAAUGUCUCCUUUCACACACUGAGAUUCACCAUUGGACCUAUAUAUUUUUUUUUUCCUUUUUGUUGGCUAUAAGAGGUAAAAUAUUAAAGGUUGUUCUAAAUAUACCAGAGUGUGGCCACUAGAAAUUAAUAUAUGUCAAAUAAGAAUUACUUUUUAUGGUAGUUUGUUUACAAAAGAAGAAAGAGUAAAAGUAAGAACAUCAGAGAAAGUAGAUAUUUUAUUCUACCCUGGUCCAAACCAGGCAGGGCUUCAGAGGCCCCAGCAAAGGGGGUUCAGAUAUAAAUUAAACAAGUGUUUUAUCCACAAGGCCUUCUCCAAGAAGAGGGUUCUCUUGUGGCUAGUACCUCCAAGAAAUCCAGGAAAAGGAAUCAACCUUUUUCACUCACCCACAUGGUAGUCCUAAGGGAAAAUUCAAGAGCAGUCCUGGGUCCCCAGCCAGAGUUCCUCCAGAGUCAAGUUGAAGGCAAAAGACCUGGUCAUAGGAAGUUCUUGCCACCUUUAAAGACCAUUCCUUUUGUCACUAGCUUUGCCUAGGACUGUCCAGGGGCAAGUCAGUCAAUUCUGAUAUAUCACCCACUAUCACACAGAUAGGUCACAGAUCAACUCAUACUUAAGGAUAAGUGGGGUGUAUAGACUUUUGGUGAUUAAAUCUAAAAAUAGGCAGGGGAGAGAUAAUCCCAACUUCACAUGGCAUAAAAUGUCACAUUAGAGCAUGACUACUAUGAAAUGUGAAUCUUAAAAACUAUUCAGACUGCAUCUUAGAAGAUUUUAUUUAAGCUAUUGCCUUAUUGUAACAAUGGAGUUACUUGGUCUAACAAGAAUCAGGAAUGUAUUGGGAACUUGGAAAUUACUCCACCCUACUCAGACAAUGCCUUAAAGGAAGAUAAAGUUGUAAACUCUUGCUUGAACAAUGAAAGUCCCUAACUCAUACCUUAUAGUAAAGCUAGAACCUUAAACUAGGUCUAUUUUUAGAUCUAAUAUAAAAAGAUAUUAAGUGCCUGUAAAGGUUAAAUUAGUUCCUGAAAAGGUCAAGUAACUUACAAAAGGCAAAGUUACCAAAGAGGUAUGAAGUACUCAGAAGAUUUAAUCUAACCAGAGAAGGUGAAAACCAAAGAAGCUGAAAACUAAGAAUAGGCAGUCCUGGAAGAAAGUGUCUUCUGUGAUUGGUAGAUGUGAAAAUUUAGGGGAGGUGACAUAAGAGAAAAUUUCUUUAAAAGGAAGGGGUAAAAAGUCAGGAGACAAUUGAAUUCAGUUUGGAGAGAAAUUUUAGUUUGGAGUGGAAGAACCCCAGCUUGGAGACGGUCUUGUGGGGAGUGAUAAAUAUUGACUCACUCUCCCUUAGGCUCAGGCCUAGGCCAUUUUGGCUUAGGCCUUUUUCUACUGCUUGGCUCAGCUUGAGCCAGAGCAGUUUAAAUUAAUUCUCUCUCUCUCUCUCUCUCUCUCUCUCUCUCUCUCUCUCCUUCCCUUAAUUCCUUCUCUAUUAAUUAAAAUAUUCAUAAUCCCCAAGUGACAUGUGUAUUUUCAUAUUCUGGGAAUUUCCCAUGGCAACCACUUAUUUAGAUAUUAAGUCAAAACACUAAAAUUAUCCUUACAGUUUUGGCAUUUACAGUUUUGGCUGACCACAUCAGUUGUGACAUAACCCUCAAAUUUCUGUGAAAUCUCUUUCCUUUAUCUCUUUAUUACUUGCUUCUGUUAGUCAGCCUGUUUAAACAUACUAACUUGGCUUCAAAACACAGCUGCAAGAGCAGGUGAGUAAAAAACAUUUUAAUUUCUCCUUAAAUUAAAUAGAACACAGCUGUUUUAAAACUUAGCAACAGGGCCUUAAGGUCCUAGGAGAGCCAUUUCUAAAUCUCUUUUCCUUUAGGGAACAACUGCCUAGUUUAGAAUUAAGGGAAACCUGGAGAAAGCUUUGGCCUUGUCAUUCUCCCCACGUGGUUACUUUAUAAAUAUGUGUCUACAGUCAGUUCACAACUUACUUAACAAAUGACUUAUCAGAUCCAUGACCAAACUUGUAAAUAUAGUAUUCCUUGUCUCUCUGAGAUUGCUCAUUCCAUGGAGCUUAUGGCAAAGUAUAAUCAACACACUACUUCCUCCUUGGGAUUUUGAUUGUUGUAGAUGUAAUAUUGUAUAUUUCCUUAAAAAACCCACGUCUCAGUCAAACCAACCGAUUGCUCCUUCAACUAUUCAACAAAAUGCAGAACUAAAUACUCGGCUUGAGCUUAUAGAGGAAAGUCAGGGGGAGAUAGUAGCCUUUAUGAGAAACAUUAAAGGAGAGUUAAGAACAUUAUCAGAAUCUCUGUCCCACCCUGCUCUGGACAAUAUGGCUCCUAGUUCACAAACGUGCCCCCCCCACACCCAAACCAUUUCUCCCUCCACCCAUACUGACACUAACCCUCCUAACCAACCCACUACUCCCCCUUCCCAUGCCCCCUGCCCAUCCUGCUCAGCUCCAGUUCCCCCCUUACCCAUGCCUCCUACCCUACCACCUCCACCCUAAGUUCACACUUAAGUUCACACCCUACUCAUUCCUCCAACCCUAACCCCUCUUCAUCCUUUCCCCCAGCUAAUAACCAUUCUUCCUUUGCCCCUCCUUCCCACCUUGCCCAAUUCAAUUCCCAUACCCUUCCUACUUCUGAUCCUUCUGGCACUAUGGGACAACAACAAACUCUCUCCUUCAGUGUGCACAACCCUUCCCUUUCUCAUACCUAAGAAGCUUAGAAACAGCAAUAGGAGUACCAAAUAAUUCAGAUAGGUUAUUCCCUUUAAGGGAAGUACCCACUUUUAAUAAAAAUAGAAACUAGGUAUCUGUAAGACACCAUACACCUUUUAAAGCUGAAGAUUUAAAUAAAUUUAAGGAAUAUCUUCCAUCAUUUGAGGAAGAAGCAAUAUUAAUUAUAAAAAAGAUUGGAGAACAUAUUCAGAACUUUUGACCCCACUUGGAUGGAUAUUAAAAAUUUAUUGGAAAAUUUUUUGACAAAGAGAGAGAAAAAUAAUGGCAUCUCUCUGACUAUUCAGAAGCAAGGUAGGAAAGGAAAUUAUUGGCCAACUGAAGAUAAACAUGAAAAAUGGUCAAAAUUUGAAAGAACCCAAAAAGAAAUUGAUGAGACCCCCUCCCAGUUUAUGGACAGACAUAUUGACAUAGGAAAUACAUCUAUGGACCUUGAUUUAUCCAGAGAAAGGGACAUUAGAAAAAAUACAUAGGCAAUUCAUUGAGAAUUGUUGUUCAGUGGUAAAAGAUUACUUUAAAACUAGCUAUCCUAAUUGGGACUCUAUGGACCUUGGAAGAAUUCAGGAGAGUAGCAACCUAUGUUUAUAAGGGUCAUGUAAAAGGACCUGAGAAACACAAUACAUUAGUGGAAGACAAAGAAAGAAAUUGAAAUGUUAAAGAGACAAUUGAAAACUAAUGGAGAGACCAUAGCCCCUUUGAAGGAAUCCACAGAUAAAUCAGUAACCUGCCACUUCUGUGAGAAGAAGGGCCACAAAAUGAUAGAGUAUAGAAAUUUUCUCAAGAUUAUUGGAAGGAAUCUGCAGUUUAAUAACAACUACAGAAGUGAUAAUUAUAGAAAUAACUAUAAUAAUGACAAUGGAAUUCACAACUUUAGAAAUAAUAACUAUAGAAAUGACUAUGAUAAUGAUCAUAGAAACCACAAUUUUAGAAAUUAUAGAAAUAACUAUAAUGACUAUAGAAAUAAAAAUUUUACAAAUCAAAAUCAUAGAAAUAGAAAUUGGGAAAAUAAUGACAGUGCUCCAAAUGAAGAAAAUGAUAAUACCCAACACAAUGCCCAACAACAAUAUAUAAAAAAUGAUGCUCGUCUAAAAAGUACUCGAAGUUCUAAUGCCCCUCAGGGGGGUGCCCAAGGAAAGUCCCAAAUACAAUGAAGGUGGUUCUUCUUAGACUCUAUUGAUUUUAUUGAUAUUAAUUAACCUUUUUCAGUUUUGUCUUCCCUCCAAAUAGUAGAAAAGAAUGAACAAAGAUUUAUUGGAAAAUUAUCCACUGAGACUCAUUUAAAAUGGCCUGAAAUUCUCCUUCUGGCCCUAUUUUGUCUUAGAAGCAGGUCUAGAGGAGACCUAAACAUCUCCCCAUUGGAGAUGGUUUUUAGACAUCCACCUAUACAGGAUAAACCUUUCUCCCUGGCAUAUACGUCAUAUAUAUACGUAUUAGGGGGAGAUACUACUAUUGCUUCCUAUAUACAGGAAUUACAGCACAAACUGUGUGAAUUUCAUGAAUCUGGAGCUGAAGUACAAGCUGGACCACUAGAUUUUUCUCUUCAUGACUUGAACCCAGGAGAUAAGGUGUAUAUUAAGAAUUUCAAGUAUACUGGAGCAACUCAGCCUUCCUGGGAAGGACCAUUCCAAAUAUUGUCAACUACUCCAACAUCUAUAAAGGUUGGAGAGAAGGACUCUUGGAUUCAUUGCUCACGUGUGAAGAAAUCAUCUUCUGUUGAGACUGAUUGAUUGUACCCUAUCACAUGCAUUAGAGAUAAUAAUCCAUAGACAAGUAGAUGCUGUUUUUUGAGGAUACAUUGAAUUACUGAUUUUUUCUUUAUUUUUAUUAUUGCUUUUCUUUUAUUUAAAUUAGAAUAUUUGAUUUUUUUCUUUUUUCUCAUUUCUUAUACUAAAGGUACAUAUAAUUAAUAUUAUUUUUCUGCAGCAAUAUGUUAUAUAUAUGUAUAAUAUAUACAUAUAUAUGCUUGCUAUAAUAUUAAUGCAUACACAAAAGCUUUAAAAUAUGGGAACCUGCCAUUUAUUUAUAAAACGUGAUGGGACUGUGAUUAAUGUUUGUGUCUGAUUCUAGGAAAAGGGAUAAAAACAAGAAGCACAGACUUAACCUGAAUAGUGCCAAAAAGAGCACACAGAAAAAAACUAGUGUGACUCAAGGUUGCGAUGCUUGACAUAUGUUAAUUCAUAGGACUUCAUUGUGCCUACACUUUUUAUGAAAUACUCAGACAAGUACAAAUGUUUGACUAUUAUGCUGGCUCCCUAUAUCCCUGAGAAUGACAAAAAUCAGAUCAGGGAAUGACACUUCCCUAUCAAAAAUAAAAUUCUAGGGUUUUUUUUUCUUUUCUUAUAUUUUGGCAACUUCCUGUAGUCUUGGCUGCAAAAAGGGGUAAGUGAAAUAUUACUGCAUUCUGUCCUACAGUCUUGUGGGAUAGAAAUUAUUUUAAAUUGAAUCUUUACAGGGGCCUGUUAGAAAUUUAUUAAACCCAAAUAAGGGCCUAUUUUGAAUUAAUUUUUUUCUUUCCAUUUUUUCUUUUCCUUAUGUUUUUGGUUGUUUUUCUCUUCUUUGGAUAAUUGACUCAUACAACCCCAUAACUCAGCAUUGCAUCCUAAGCUGAACUGGAUGUUUGUUUUUUAACACCCACUUAUGGGGGGGGGGUUGUAUUUUAAUAAAAAUACAAGAUUUUGAAAAUUUUCAUUCGAGAAAGAUUUUCAAGGAUAAAGCUUGCUAACUCCUAAAUAUGGAGAAUGAACUGUUACAGAAAGAUGACAGAAAACCUAUACUACAUAAAGAAGAUCAAGAAUGAACUAUAGGUGUGGGUCAUUGAACUGAAGUUUGAUAGAAAUUUGUUUGUACAUGUACACUUUUAUGCCAGGGGGACUGCCCCUAAUUUGGCUUUCUGUCAAUGUGCCUAGCAAAACAUUGGUUUUGUUUUCUUUCUUUUCUGCUCCUCCCUAACUACUGUAAUUUCUUCUUAGAAAAUUGAAUAUUGUAUAUAUCUGUAGUUAGAAGUGCUUUGGGAACUACAAGAUGAUUAUGUUGAAUGAUCAAUGGGGAGACUAGUCUCCCAAUGAUCAUCAGAGGGGGGAUUGUGAAUCUUAAAAACUACUCAGACUGUACCUUAGAGAUUUUAUUUAAGCUAUUGCCUUAUUGUAACAAUGGAGAUACUUGGUCUAAAAAGAAUCAGGAAUGUAUUGGGAACUUGGAAAUUACUACACCCUACUCAGACAGUGCCUUAGGGGAAGAUAAACUUGUAAACUCCUGAUUGAACAAAGAAAGUCCCCAACUCAUACCUUAUAGUUAAGAUAGAAUCUUAAGCUAGGUCUAUUUUUAGAUCUAAUAUAAAAAGGUAUUAAGUGCCUGUAAAGGUUAAAUUAGUUCCUGAAAAGGUCAAGUAACUUACAAAAGGCAAACUUAACAAAGAGGUGUGAAGUACUCAGAAGAUUUAAUCUAACCAAAGAAGGUGAAAACCAAAGAAGUUGAAAACUAGAAUGGACAGUCCUGGAAGAAAGCAUCUAUUGUGAUUGGUAAAUGUGAAAAUUUAGGGAAAGUGACAUAAGAGAAAAAUUCUUUAAAAGGAAUGGGUAAAAAUCCAGGAGACAAUUGAAUUCAGUUUAGAGAGUAAUUUCAGUUUGGAGUGGAAGAAUCCAGCUUGCAGACGGUCUUGUGGUGAGUGAUAAAAACUGAUUCACUCUCCCUUAGGCUCAGGCCUAGGCCUUUUUUUACUGCUUGGCUCAGCCUGAGCCAAAGCAGUUUAAAUUAAUUCUCUCUCUCUCUCUCUCUCUCUCUCUCUCUCUCUCUCUCUCUCUCUCUCUCUCUCUCUCUCUCUCUC